UCCCUGAGGACUGGGGGUAUCAGCAGAUGUGGGAGACAUUCAGCAAGUUUGGACGGGUUUUGCAGAUCUACCACCCGAAAAAAAGAGAGAGGUCAAGAAAGAGGUUUGAGUUUGUCUGUUUCCUUAAUGUGCAGAACAAAUAUGAGUUGGAAAAGAAGUUGGAUCAAAUCAGGGUGAGGGACACCAAAUUAUGGGUAAACUUGCCAAAGUUUAAAUGGGAGGCUGGAGGAAGGAUUGAAAGCCAGGCGAAAGAGAGAGGGGAGACACCUAAACAGCAGCCCAGAAAUACUUAUAGAGGGGUGGUAAGUUAUGCUGACGCAGUGAAGGGAUACGGAACCCAGAGAAACUUUAACAAUAGUAACAAUGGACAACAGGGCAGCAGAAUAUGGAGACCUCGAAGCAAAAACUCAAUAGAGGAGUGGCAUGGGUUGGAGUUUAAUGUGGGUAAGGAGGAUUAUGCUUGGCUGGAGGGAUGUUAUGUGGGAACAACCAGAGCAAUUGAAAUCAUACCAACCUUGCAGGAAAAAUUCUUUAUGGAGGGAUAUUUUUGGUGCCAUGUUAGACCAAUGGGAGGAAAAUUAGUUCUGCUACGGUGUAAGGAUAAUGAAGAACUUAAAGACUUGUUUAUCAGUUGCAUUUGGGGGAAGUUCAUAUCUCUUGAUGAUAGUACAAGCUGCAAGAAAUGGUUUGAUAUUUCUAGAGUCUUAAUCUUCACUUCAAGUAGAGAGACAAUUUCAAAGGUGAUCACAGUCAAGAUAAAUGGAGAGUUGUUUGACAUUAAAGUUACAGAGGAGGAGGCCUCAAACAGCAUGUUGUAUAUGAAGUCUGAUCAUGUGAUUACUAUGUCAACGGAUCCGGAGACAGAGGAUGAAGAAUCAUGGUCACUGGGGACUCAUAUGGAGGAUGAGCAUAUUCCGAUGGAUGAUCCCAUUCAAGACUUGCAGAAUCAAACAAUGUUUGAAUCCCAGGAGGAAGAUGCUGACGUGGCAGGAAAGGAAAUUGGAGAAACGGAGGGGUCAGGAGCCUUAGGCCCAAAGCUAUGCAAAGGGCAGGAAAUGCAGACCAAAGAUACUGAAAUAAAAGAAAAUGGAUUAAAGACUAGUAGGCCGGGCUUGAACCAGAAUAUUGAAGUAAAAGAAACCACUCUUGGCAGCAAUAAUCAAACAUUGAACCGACUUGAAGCAACUAUGAAAAAGGGGAAUAGGAAAAAAGGUCAGCGAUGGACGGUGAAUGAAGAUUUCUAUGCAGGAAAAGAGAGUGACUCUAAGCAAAUUAAAGAAUGGGUAAGGCAGCAUGAACGAAUAAAGCAAAGGAAGAAAAGAAGACGUGCUAGAUCUUGUGCAGCAAUUUAUGGAUGGCUGGAACAUAAAGAAGCGGGUAGUCUAGUGGCUGGCAAUGAGGCAGAGGUGAUUAUGCGGCUUGAGGAGAUGGAGCAUCGAGACACAACAAGGAAGAAACAAGCAAAGCCAGCAGCUAAGAGCAUGGAUGGGAAUUCGGAGUUUGGGUGGGCAUUUAAACCAGCAGAGGGCAAAUCUGGUGGCCUACUGUGUAUUUGGAACAAGGAGAGUUUUAAGCUGAAUAGUAUCUUUUAUGGGACUGGUUUUAUGGGAGUCAGCGGGUUUUGGGGAGUGAAUGAAGUACCAUGCUAUGUGGUUAAUGUUUACUCAGGUUGUGAUUUAGCUAGUAAAAGAAUUUUGUGGGUAGAGUUAAAAGAUCAGCUUAACAACAUGAGGGGAAAUUGGUGUAUCGGUGGAGACUUUAAUGCUGUAAGAUGUAAUGAGGAAAGAAAAGGUGGCACUAGAGCAACAAAUGAAAGAAGGGAAUUCAACGGUUUUAUUGAGAUUAGAUCGAUUUUAGUGUCUGAAGAAUGGUUGAUGAAUUGGGGGAACCUGAAACAAUGGGGUUUGCAGAGGUCAAUUUCUGAUCAUUGCCCCAUAAUUUUAAAGAAUGAGAAACGAGAUUGGGGCCCAAAACCAUUUCGUUGCUUUGAGGCAUGGGUACAGCAUCCAGACUUCUUAAAAGUGUGUAGUGCAGCAUGGAAAGCAAGUGAAAUACAGGGUAUUAAGGCAAGAUGGAGGCGGAAUGAAAUUAAUUGUUUAGUUGUAAAAGGACAGGAGCUAAUUGAGGUGGAUGAGAUGAAGGAGGGGAUUGCUGCAUACUUUGAAGAAUUAUUUACUGAGGAAGGAUGGGUUAGACCGACCUUGGAUGGGAUCCCAUUUAAACAAAUAUCCACAGAAGACAAUCAAAUGCUGGUGGCACCAUUUACUGAGGAAGAGGUGAAGCAAACGAUAUGGGAAUGUGACAGUAAUAAAGCUCUGGGGCCAGAUGGUUUUCAUUUUGGCUUUUUAAAAGCCAUGUGGAGCGAAAUAAAGAAGGAGAUAUUGAAUUUUGUGAUGGAGUUCCAAGUUAACGGCAGAAUGGUAAGAGGGUCGAAUGCUACUUUUAUUUUAAUGAUUCCCAAAAAAGAGAAUCACCAGAAAAUCGAAGACUUUAGGCCUAUCUCAUUGAUAGGUAGCAUGUACAAGAUCAUUGCUAAGUUGCUUGCCAACCGUUUAAAAAGGAUUUUGGGUAACAUCAUUAGUGAAGAGCAGUCUGCUUUUGUUGGGGAUAGACAACUGAUGGAUGGGGUUCUGAUUGCCAAUGAAGUUGUUGAAGAGGUGAAAAGAAGAAGGAAAAGCUGUAUCAUUUUUAAGGCUGAUUUUGAAAAGGCCUAUGAUAACACAAGUAUGGUGUCUGUACUAGUCAAUGGAAGUGCUACUAGGGAGUUUGGAAUGAGCCAUGGGUUGCGACAAGGAAACACAUUAUCACCUUUUCUAUUCCUUAUAGUUGCUGAGGGCUUGAAUGGGAUAAUUUCAAGUGCAAAACAAAAAAAUAUGCUCAAGGGUGUAUCAAUUGGAGGUAGGGGCUUGAUUGUUUCUCAUUUGCAAUUUGCGGAUGACACUGUGAUAAUUGGGGAUGCAACUGAGAGGAAUGUGUGGGCAGUCAAAGCUAUGAUGAGAACCUUUGAGCUUGUUUCAAGACUUAAGAUCAAUUAUAGCAAGAGCCAAUUACUUGGCGUGAAUGUCAAAAAGAAUUGGAGGGAAAGAAUGGCAGACUUGCUAAACUGCACUGUGGGGGAGUUUCCUUUUAAAUACUUGGGUAUACCAGUUGGUGGGAAUCCGAGAAGGCUAGCUAUAUGGCGCCCACUGAUGGAGAGAUGUAGAAACAGGUUGUCAUUGUGGAAUGGCCGGUUCUUGUCCUUUGGAGGUAGAAUCACUCUUAUUAACUCCGUGCUUUCAAGCCUACCUGUGUUUCUCUUAUCAAUGUAUAAAAUUCCAAGAGGGGUCAUUGAGGAAAUAGAUACAAUUCGUAGGAGAUUCUUAUGGGGGGGAAGUGAGAACAAGAAGAAAGUGGCAUGGAAGAGGGUGUUGAGAGAAAAAUAUGGGGAUAAUGAGGGAGAUUGGAUGAAACGGCUAUGUCAAAGUAAAAGAGCAAGGUCGACUUGGUGGCAAGACUUAUGCAACAUUAAUAAUGGGUGCCUUCAUAAGAAAGAGUGGUUAGGCAAGGGGUUUAAAAGGGUGAUAGGAAAGAACAAUUCAAUUCAUGGCAUGGGCACUUGGUCGAAUGGCAAAUGGAGAUGGACUUUCUUUUGGAGAAGACAACUCUACGAAUGGGAAAAAGAAUCAGAAGAAGCCUUGCUAAAGAUGCUGGAACAUGUACAACCGGUGGAGGGAAAAGAAGACAAAUGGCAAUGGCAUUAUGAUAAGGAAGGCAAAUAUAAAGUGAAAGAUGUGUACAACUUCCUACAGCCAACUAACAGUGUCAAGGAAACAUGCUUCUUUAAGAAAACUUGGAAUGCUUUGGUUCCACUGAAAGUUUGUGGGUUCUCUCGGCAAUUGCUACAAAACAGGAUUCCAACAAAGAAAAUUUUGAGGAAUAGAGGCAUUACCAUAAGAGGAAGCCUGCUGUAUCCAGAAUUCCAAAUCAAAUCUUUUCCCAUGGCUCUUCCUGUCUCUACUACCCAAGAUGAUGCUACCGGAAAGGAAAGACGCUUCCGUGGAUUGAGAAAUCAAUGGGGCUUCGAUCAAUUCCUGCCACUCAGAACAUUCAAUGAUGUCGACAGUGGAUACCUUGUGGAUGAUACAUGUGUUUUUGGAGCAGAGGUGUUUGUUACCAAGGAGAUGAGCACGGGAAAAGGAGAUUCCUUAUCAAUGAUAAAGGAUCCCACCAGUUCCAAGCAUACUUGGAGUAUUGAAAACUUUUCAAAGAUGGACUUAGAAUGCUAUGACUCACAAACAUUUUUCCCCGGGGAUAAUAAAUGGAAGAUACAGAUGUAUCCAAAGGGAAGGCGUCACGGAUUGGGCAGUCAUAUUUCUCUAUAUUUGGCUUUGGCAGAUCCAAAAGCAACCCCUAGUAGUUCUAAAAUAUUGGCGGAGUUCACUUUGCGAAUGGUGGAUCAAAUGCAGGGCAGGCACAUUUCAGGCAAAGGUUACUUGAAAAUUGAGAGUCUCUUGAGUUUAGUAAGUACUCCACUUAAUCACACGAUGAGAGAGAGAUCGAGAGAGAGAGGGCGAGGCUGGGAGAGAAGGGUCGACAGCAGAACACGACGACAGCGGACAACACAGCGGUAUGAGGGUAUCCAGAUGCAGAGCAAGGAUCGACCAAUGCAGUUUUAUGGGGGUUUUGAGAAGAAAGUAUACAAUCAAGCAACUCCAUUCUUCUUCACAAACUUUCCAGAAGACUGGACUUUUGAACAGAUGUGGAGAACUUUCAACAGGUUGGACGGGGGUAGGGUGAUCGAGAUUGAAUGCCCAAAGAAGAGGGAUCGGCUGGGAAGGAGAUUUGGGUUUGUUAGAUUCUUGGAGGUUAAAGAUACUGGUGAGCUGGAAAGAAAGUUGAAUCAGAUUCAAAUUGCAGGAAUCAAACUUCAAGCCAACAAACCACGGUUUGGUAAAACAUGGCAUGAAAAACAGCACCACUGGAACACAGAAAAUAUAAGGAGAGGGAUGGUUAAAGAUGAUGUUGAAUGGCAACAGAAAAAGUCUUAUGCGGAUGCAGUCAAAGGAAUGAUAACAGAAAACAAAGUGCAUGGAAUGAGAAGGGGACACUUCCACGGAGUGGAAGGAAGGGAUCAUACCAAAACUAACAGUGCAAAUGAGCAAAGAAGAUGGAGAUGGAAGCCUAAAAUACAACCACAAGCAUGGACAGGAAUGGAGCUCAAAGUUAACAAGGAAGAGUACCAGUGGCUGGAGAAAUGUUUUGUUGGGACUAUUCAUUCCAUAACCUUGAUUCCAACUUUGCAGGAGAAAUUUUAUAUGGAAGGAGUCUUUUACUGCAAGAUCAGAGCAAUGGAAGGAAGGUUGGUGCUGUUAGAAGGAAAUGAAUAUGAAGACUUAAAGGAGCUGGUCGAAAAUGGCAAAGAUUGGUUAGGAAAUUGGUUCGAAGAAAUCAAACCAUGGUCACCAAACAUGGUGGCAAGGGAGAGGUUCGCAUGGAUUAGAUGCUUGGGAUUACCUCCACACGCAUGGAAGACGGACUUUUUCCAAUCACUCGGAAAUCUGUGGGGCGCUUUUGUUUCGGUGGAUGAUAGCACAAGCAAGAAAAAACGCCUUGACGUUGCUAGAUUCCUCUUAUCAACGCCCGUAACGGAAUCCAUUUCAAAAUCUUUAUCAAUAAAGGUUAAUGGAAUCAUUUUUACAGUUAAGUUCUCUGAGGAGGAGUCCAGCAACGGGAUGCAUGUUAUGAAUACAGAUUUUAAGAUUAAAGAAGCUUACGAGGAAGGCAAGGAAUCUUCAACAGACGGAUCUGUCGGUAUAGAUUUCAACAUGCCUGGAAUGGAAGCUGCAGAAAAUAGAGGAUUUGAAGAAGAUGAUGACGUGGAGAUUCAAUUAGGAGUGCAGGAGACAAAUCAGCAAGAGGCGGAGAGAAAUAUGGACACGGUGGCAUCAUCAGAGGGGGACACAUCAAUUGUUAAGAAGAAGGGUCAACCAAAUGGACAAGAAAGGAGCGUGUUAGGUUCUGGAGAAGCAGCAGAAGAUGAAGAUUUGGUGUCAGCGGGAACAGCCGAAAAGCAGCAGAGUUCAGGGAGCGCAACGGGUAGUUUGGAAGGGCUUACAAGCAAGCAAUUAAUGAGUGAUGGGCUCGAGAAGGAAGAGGGACAGGUCCAGCUGGAGACGGAAACAUGCAGAGAGAGUAUCGGGAACAGCCACAGUUUCAAUAAUGGGGAAAGGAGAGAGAUAGGGGGGGAGAAAAUUUCAAAAAUAACAAUGGACAAAAUUGCAAAAGGAAAUGGGCCGAGUGGGCUCAAUGAUGAGAUGGAUCCAGGUAAGAGUAGUAACGGGCCAAUAUUGGGUGGGAAAAAUCAAGAAGUGCAAAGCCUAUAUCAGAUAAGUAAAGAAACCAAAGAAAAAUUAAAAGAGGGCAAGCAUGUGAGGCCAGGAGCAACAGAAUCAGACCUGUUCUGGGAAGACAUGGACAGCGACGCAGGGGACUUAUCGGAGUGGGCAAAAGUUCUUGAAGGGAAGAAGAGCAAAAAGAAAAAAAGGAAAGUGAAGCUGUGCCGUUCAGUGUAUAUGAAAUCUGGCGAGCUUGAAGGUGUUUUGGUGCAGAAGAAGAAGAAGAAGAAGGGAACUCAAUCGGUGACAGAGAAAAUGACGCAGCAAAUCAUAUUCCAGGUUGAUCCAGCGGACUCAGUUGCAGAUGACAUGGAUUGGGUAGCAAAAUCAUCCUUGGGUGCCUCGGGUGGUUUAAUUAUCAUAUGGAACAGGGCAGUGCUAAAGAAAGUAAGUGUUUUUGAAGGGGAGGGAUACAUCGGGAUCCAGGGGUUAUGGGGUGCUGAUGCCUUACCAUGCUUUCUGUGUAAUGUGUAUUCCCCAUGCGAUCUUGAGAGGAAGAGGAGUGUAUGGAGAGAACUUGAACAGAUGUUUAGGAAGAACAGGGGGUGUUGGUGUCUUGGUGGGGAUUUUAAUGCUAUUAGAAGUUUGCAGGAAAGAAAGGGGGGUAAGAGCGCCAGGAGAGAAGUAAAGGAGUUUGAACAAUUUAUAGUGAAUAACAGCCUGACAGAUUUACCAUUGCUAGGAAGGAAGUACACAUGGUACCAGCCAAAUGGACAAUGUAUGAGUCGUUUGGAUAGGUUCUUGUUCAAUGAUGAUUGGAUGACAAAAUGGCUUGAUUUAAAGCAAUGGGGACUUGCUAGAUCUCUGUCGGAUCAUUGCCCGAUACUGGUAAAAAAUGAGACACGAAAUUGGGGGCCAAAACCAUUCAAGUUCUUCAAUGCCUGGCUACAUACUCCUGGAUUUAGAGACAUGGUUGCAGCAAAAUGGAAAGAAUUUAAAGUUCAAGGAUGGGGAGGUUUCAUUGUUAAGGAGAAAUUAAAGUUGAUGAAGGACUUUCUUAAGGAAUGGUCUAAGUCUUCUUUGCAAGAUGUGGAUAGAAGGAUUGAGGAGGCCAGAAAGGAGAUAAACAGAAUCGAUAGAAAAGGAGAAACUUGCAGCUUAACAGAUGAUGAACUCAUGACCAGGAGCAAACAUUAUGCUAAGUUGUUAAAGAAUAUGCAGCUGAAAGAAGAGAUGGCCCAACAGAAAGCGAGAAAGAACUGGUUAAAAAUAGGGGAUGCAAACACCAGUUAUUUCCAUAAGAGCAUCAAAGCAAGAUGGUGCAAGAAUGAAAUUAACAUAAUAUAGUAGAAGGCAGAGAAUUAAAGCAAGUGGAUGAGA